AUGUCCGAAAAUCUGGCUGCGAGCCGUGAUAUCCUGCAUCCCAAACUCUCGGUCGAGAGUAGGGAGCAAGAAUGGCCAGGCGGUGCUGGCCAUCAGUCCAAGGUCGAGGGCAGGGUUGCUGAGCCGAGCUCAUUCCAGAAACAUCGGCUGUAA